AAUACCCUGUAGUAAUUUAUUCGAUUCCAAAUUGGCUGAUGACAUUUUCUUCACCCUCAAUCUUGCUCUAUUAUCGGGUUAAUCGCGCUGCGAUCAAUGCACGUGCAAAGUAAUUACAGCAAUUACGCGCCAAUUUGCAUUUCGAACACAGUCCGCUCGGUAAUCAUUUACCUAGCUGAUAGCGAUACUGUAAACAGCCGCUUUUAAUGUCUCUCCUCGAAGCAUUCUGACGCUGUACCAGAAGAGGACUGAAGUUUCGCCAAAGCGUCUGGGAAGACAGACUUUUUUUUUAAUGACGUAACGUAAUUUGGAGAAACUAGCGGAUGCGUUUGGGGUUUGAAGGUGUCCACUUGGGAAGUUUGCCUCUGCCUCUGUGUGAACGUCAGUAUGUGUAUCUGGUGGUGCAAUCGAAAGCAGCGCAACUUCAAGGAGCAGAUCUAUUAUUUGAUCCCGCUAAUUGCCAAUGUAAGUGAACAUUGAGCACCGGACACUAGCCGAGGAGGUUUUACCAUUCCCGUUGGACUAUAGUAACCUCGACUACUCGCCACUGUUUUAAUUGAGCCUGGAAGAAAAGGCUGCAGUUGUGUCACUUUUUUCUUCUUAGAAGCGUCUCCGUGCAGUGUGCCACAUUCAACACGGAGUCAAUCUCACCUAAAACAUGUUCACCAAAUUGUUCCUCUACUUCUUACUUCUGUCAGUGUUUCGUGCAUGUUCUCAAACAGCCGCUUCUGAGGAUGAUGAGUAUGACGAUGUUACUGUGAAUCAAAUGUUGGCCCCCAAAACCCACGAGACAGAUGCAACGCAAAUACUAAACAACCUACUAAAGGAGUAUGACAAAAAGCUGCGGCCAGAUAUCGGAGUUAAACCGACAGUCAUUGAUGUUGAUAUCUUCGUAAAUAGUAUUGGACCUGUGUCAUCAAUAAAUAUGGAGUACCAGAUUGACAUAAUAUUUGCGCAGACAUGGACAGACAGCCGGCUCAGAUAUAACAGCACUAUGAAAAUAUUGACUUUGAACAGUAAUAUGGUUGGACUCAUUUGGCUACCAGACACUAUCUUCAGAAAUUCCAAGAGUGCAGAUUCACAUUGGAUUACUACACCAAAUCAGCUCCUUAGAAUAUGGAAUGAUGGGAAAAUACUUUACACUUUGAGACUGACCAUAAAUGCAGAGUGCCAGCUUCAACUGCAUAACUUUCCUAUGGAUGAACACUCCUGCCCCCUCAUCUUCUCCAGCUAUGGAUACCCACGAGAUGAAAUGAUUUACAAGUGGAGAAAGAAUUCUGUGCAGGCAGCAGAUCAGAAGUCAUGGAGACUUUACCAGUUUGACUUCAUGGGCCUGAGGAACACCACAGAUAUAAUCAAGACAACAGCAGGUGACUAUGUGGUGAUGACUGUAUAUUUUGACCUAAGCAGAAGAAUGGGAUACUUCACAAUUCAGACCUACAUCCCCUGCAUACUUACUGUGGUUCUCUCUUGGGUCUCCUUUUGGAUCAAAAAAGAUGCAACUCCAGCCAGAACAGCACUAGGUACAUGCAUUAAAUCCAUGUCCUGUCCUGGUAAAUGUCACUUUUGUCAAGGAAUAACAACAGUAUUAACCAUGACAACGCUCAGCACGGUGGCAAGGACAUCACUUCCCAGAGUAUCGUACGUCACAGCUAUGGAUCUUUUCGUCACUGUCUGUUUCCUGUUUGUUUUUGCGGCUCUCAUGGAGUACGCCACACUCAAUUAUUACUCCUACAGCGCUCACAGUCGCAGACCAACCUGCAACAAGACGAAAAGAUCGAACUACUCAGUACUGGAUGUGGGUCCUCCUCCCACAGUUAUCACGCUCAACAACUCCAUGUACUGGCAGGAGUUUGAUGAUGCCUGUGUUUAUGAGUGCCUGGAUGGAAAAGACUGCCAGAGUUUCUUCUGCUGCUACGAAGAGUGCAAAGAUGGAGCGUGGCGAAAGGGCCGUGUGCAUAUAGACAUUUUGGAACUCGAUGCAUACUCUCGUGUUUUCUUUCCCACCUCUUUCCUAUUGUUCAAUGUUGUCUACUGGGUAGGCUACUUGUAUCUUUAGCGGUCCCACACACCUCACGAUACAAAGAACUUGACUUUUGGUUCUGUCAGAGCAGACACGAAGAACAGACUGAACCAGGACUUUUCAAAGUAGGGUAAAAAUAAAAGUGGAUACUGGUUAUCAAAGUUGAGCUGUGGUGAUUCAAGGACUUCUCCAGUAGGCGAUGAAAAUGAAAAAUGAGACAAUGCUACAGGAACCAACAUCAAAGCCCUUAAAACCAGGCUGUUUUUAUAUGGUCGAGAAGGAUAUUGCCACAAGCUCUUUUAAGUGGUUGCAAUUCUCUGGCAGAGACCUUUGCCUUUUGUUCUUCAGGUACCAGGGAAAAAAAGAUACACAACGUUCCUCUCACACAAUCUUGUCUAUUAUUGGGUGAGAGAGCAGCUGUAAGAAGUCAAGAUGUGCAAAAUCCUUAGGCCAAGACAGCGUGAGAAAAAAAAAUGCCUUGCAUAGCAUGUGACCCUCUGACUUUAGGUGUCUCUUACAAUCCUGGUAGAACGUUCACUUGAAUGGAAACCUGUCAUCUAGCCAUCAGUCAAAACCAGAGCGGCUUUCAUGUAAGCGCAGCUUUCAGAGCCAUCUAUAGUGCCUUCCACUGGAGGAGAAGCCAUCAGGCAAAGAAAUCUUAGAAAUGAUGGCAGGAGCAUCAUCUGGUCUUGACUGACUGCUAAUGGUUUUCUUUUAGAGUUUAUUCGAGCUUUAGUUAUAGUCAUUCAUUAUUUUGAAACAUUCAACACAUCUAAACCGAUUGUCACUGCAUGUUAUAUGAUAGUAUUAAGCUCUACCCUGAAUCAGCACAAUAAUGACAAGAGAGUAGAUCCAUUUUGAAAUAUUUGGAAUAUUAAUUAGUAUGUAGAAUGCAAAUGUUUGCCUAUAAUUCUAGAUUUUUAUCG